AUGAAAGUGAUGAUGAUAUUUGCUGAAUAUGUUGAUUUUGGUAUAAGUGAGAGGGUCACAAGGAGCUUAGGUGGUGUUGAAGGUAGUUUGUUAGGAAGAGAGGCAGUUGAGGAGGAUGAUUUGAACAUCCAAUUGUUAGAUGAAGAGGAUCUGAAUGAUGAUGAUGAUGAUGAGGUGGCUAGCUUAGGUGAAUCUGAUGAGGAGCUAGGGUCAAAUUACUCUGUGUUCAACCCUGCAGUUGAUUUCAAGGGGAAAAUCAACUUGACUUUGGGACUCAAGUUUCCUUCCAAUGACUGUUUUAGGAAGGCACUAAGAUGUGAGUGUGAGUGGAAGAACAAUAAAAGGGUGAGGUGCACAUGUAAAGGGAAGAAGUGCAACUUUAAGGUUCAUUGCAAGCAAGUGAAGGGUGAGGCUACAUUCCAAAUCAAGAGCAUUAGGUUAAAGCAUACAUGUGGUAGGCAACAUGAGAACAACAAAGUCACUUCACAGUACUUGGCUGAGAGGUUCUUAGAUGAGUGGAGGGAUACACCAUCUUGGAAGUUGGUUGAGUUUAUGAAAAGGGCAAGGAGGGUGACUGGUGUGCAGCUUGGGUAUUUCAAGUGCUAUUAUGCUAGGCAAAUAGCAAUGAAGAUGAUUCAUGGGGAUGCAAGUGAGCAAUAUGGGAAGGUUUGGGACUAUGCUGAGGCCAUCAAGCUGCAUAAUCCUGGUUCCACAGCAGUGGUUAAGGUGACAGGGGUUGAAGAUGGUACCCCUUGCUUUCAGAGAUUGUACAUCUGCCUGCAGCCUUGUAAGAAAGGCUUUAUGGCAGGUUGCAGGCCCAUUAUAGGGGUGGAUGGUUGCCACCUUAGAGGCCCAUACCCAGGCAUUUGUCUAACUGCAGUAGCCAAGGAUGGGAACAAUAACCUUUUUCCAGUGGCUUGGGCUAUUGUGGAAGUGGAAAAUGGAGACACUUGGGCCUGGUUUCUGGAGCUUCUUGUGAAGGACAUUGAGAGUGUAGCACAUAAUGUCACAUGGGUUAGAGAGGGCACAGGUUCAGACAUCACAUACAUGUCUGACAGGCAAAAGGGCUUGGUGGAUGCUUUCAAUAAAGUAGUCCCAAAUGCAGAGGUGAGGUUCUGCUGUAGACACAUUUGGGCUAACUUCAAACAAAAAUUUCCAGGAGAGUUAUACAGACAAUCAUUUUGGAAAGCAGCAAGAGCAUCUACAAAGUGGCAUUUUGAGUGUGAGAUGGCCUCCAUUAAGUUGUUGUCCACUGAUGCACAUAAGUACCUAGCUGAUAUUCCACCUUGCCAUUGGUCUAGGCAUGCUUUCACAACUAGGUCUAAGUCUGGUAUGGUUCUUAAUAAUGCUUGUGAGAGUUUUAAUGUUGUUAUUAGGGAUGCUAGGACAAAACCUAUAUUAUCCAUGAUGGAAUGGAUGAGAAGGUAUGUAAUGAAGAGGUGUAGUGCAAAAAGAAAUGGAUUAAAAAACUUUAAGGGAGUGAUUAUGCCUUCAGUUGAGAAAAUGCUUGAGAAGGCUGCUGACCAGGUUAGGAAUUGUGAUGUUGCUCAGGCAGAUGUAUGGGAGUUUGAGGUGGACCACUUGUCAACUGGGGAGUCAUAUGUUGUGAAUUUAGAGAAAAAAACAUGUGGCUGUUUUAGAUGGGACUUGUUGGGGAUCCCCUGUUAUCAUGCUUUGGCAUGUAUUGUGAGGCAAAGGCUCAAUGUUGAGGACUAUGUGCAUCAGGCUUACCAUGUGUCCACCUAUUCUAAGACAUAUGCCCCUGCAUUUCACCCCAUGCCUGGACACAAUGAAUGGCCCAAGACUAACUUACAACCACCUGCACCCCCACCUUUUAGAAAAAUGCCAGGAAGGCCUAAGCUAAAGAAAAGAAUAAAAGAGCCAGGUGAAGGUCAGGGUGAAGGCCAAGAGAGGGGAAAGUUGUUGGUUGUAAGGGCAAAAAAGAAAAAUGCAUGUAGUCAUUGUGGUGGUUUGGGUCAUUACAAGAACACAUGUAAGAAUCCACCCAAACCAGUUGAACCUCCAAAAGGCAAGACUGGAAGGCCAAGGAAAGAUCCAUCUGCUCCACCUGCCAAGAAGCAAAGAACAGCUCCAACUCAGCAACAAGAACAAGCAACAGCAGCUCCGGUGCAUCCACAUCAACCACAACAGCAUGAUUUCUCUUCUCAAGCUAGCAGUUCAGCUGGUCCUUCAUGCAUUUCAAUGGGUGCAAACUUCAAUUCAAGCAUAAUGUAG